CAAAAUUUUUAAUUCAAUCACAAUAAUUACAAUAAUUGCGUUUUGACAUAAAUUUGGUAGUCAGAAGGCUUGUAAGGGGAACCGCAUGCUGCUUUAAGUAAAUUAGUUAAAUGAUUGUACAUUAUUAGGCAGCAAAUAUUAUUCGGCAUACAUUGCAUUUUGGCCAAAUUGCCUCCCAGUCACCUUCCUUUAAAAUUUACAAUUGAUUUAAAACAUCCACAAGCCACAAGGAAAGUAUGGUUAAAACAUUAUACUAAAUAUUUGUGAGAUUUUGGAACAAAUUGAGUUUAGCUCCAGUUGACGAAAAAUUCUGAAAUUUUACCGAAGGUUUCUGGAAAAAUGGAUCUGUCUGCCACCAAUGUUUUUAUUUUUAAUUGGGUUGAGAAUUAUGACGACCACGUAGCUCGUCUAAAGGAAACUUUCGAAAAUGGUCAGCUGAACAAUAAAGUAUGUACUUACAAUCAACUUUCGAGCGAUAACUUACAUGCGGAAAUUGAAAAAUUAAGGCAGCUAGAUUUUGGUCUAUUUCGUUAUGUAGCCGUUGUUAUUUUGGACAACAAAAGCACCAGUGGAAACCUUAUUGCAGCCAGUGACGCAAACAUACUAUUACAUUCGGAAUUGCUAACACCUUUCCUAACGAAUGAGACGCUUGAACAAAAGACAGUUCUCACCGUGAUACAGAAAUUAGCAGAUUAUGAUACCGAAGAAGAUGACAGUUUGCAGAUUGCGGAAAGACAGAAUUACGUGAAGUCCCAGGGUUGGUAUCGAAACCUAGGAACUCGACAUAUGGAUGGUUUAGAGUUAACUAUAAGGGCUAAUGAGCCUACAGACAAUUUUUGGGAUAGGCCAUUUCUAGACGUAUUCUGCCAAGAAUUCCUGAAUUCGAAGACAAUGCCAAUAAAAAAUAUAUUUUCCAACAUUAGCAACACUUGUCCAAUUGUGUUUGGAUCAAAUCAAGGUUCUAAUGAUAAUGACAUAUUGGGCUCAGCAAUGGAUGAAAACGAUUCAAGAGACUACUUUCCUCCAAAAAUAAAUUAGGAUAAGAAUUAAAUGUUAAGCCAGAUAAUUAUCAAACUGUGAUUUAUUGUGAUUUUUAAAACAUACAAACAUGUUAAAUAUCUAAUGAUUUCAGUCGCAAGUUGGUAGUAUGGUAGAGUUCCCUUUGCAGCCAAUACAAAAGUUCACUGCGCGCUCCUUCAUUUUUUAAUGAUAGACCUUUGCAGUUCUUCAAUAUUUCCAAACACGUUGCCCUUGUAAAACGCUUGAUGCAAGGCAUUUCACCCAAUUCACGUAAAAGCUUAA